AUGUCCGCCUCACGCUUCAUCACACGCGCACUGCGUCAGCCCAUCGCAGCGAGACAACCCCUCCUCUCGCGGUCGCUCGCUACGCCCGUUAGCACCCGGUACCAGGACCCGGUGACCAAGACGUCGACGUUGUCGAAUGGUCUGAGCGUGUCGACCGAGACGAUUCCGGGGGCGUCGACGAGUACGGUGGGAUUGUGGAUUGAUGCUGGAUCGAGGGCGGAUGCGAACGGCGCGAGCGGAACGGCACACUUCUUGGAGCACCUCGCCUUCAAGGGCACCAAGACCCGCAACCAGACCGCGCUCGAGCUCGAAGUCGAGAACGUCGGCGCCCACCUUAAUGCCUACACCUCGCGAGAGCAGACCGUAUACUACGCCAAGUGCUUUGAUAAGGACGUCCCCCAGGCUGUUGAUAUCCUGAGCGACAUUCUGCAAAACUCGAAGCUGGACGAGUCGGCGAUUGAGCGGGAAAGGGAUGUGAUCCUGAGGGAACAGGAGGAGGUGGACAAGCAGUUGGAGGAGGUUGUGUUUGACCACCUACACGCUGUUGCCUUCCAGGGCCAACCCCUUGGAAACACCAUCCUCGGCCCCGAGGCUCACAUCAAAUCCAUCCGCAAAACCGACCUCUCCUCCUACAUUUCCAAAAACUACACGGCCGACCGUAUGGUCCUCGUCGGUGCCGGCUCGAUCGAGCACGACGCGCUCGUCAAGCUCGCCGAGAAGAACUUUGCCUCGCUCCCCGUCUCGAAAAACCCCAUCCCCCUCGGCCAGGCCGCCCACCAGCCCACUCAGUUCUCCGGCGCCGAAGUGCGGAUCAGGGACGACACCAUGUCGACCAUGAACAUUGCGAUCGCCGUGGAGGGAUGCGGAUGGAGGAGCCCGGACUACUGGCCGAUGCUCGUCAUGCAGUCCAUCUUUGGAAACUGGGACCGAUCGCUCGGUGCUAGCCCCCUCCUCAGCUCCAAGCUCAGCCACAUCAUCUCGACAAACAACCUCGCCAACUCGUACAUGUCAUUCUCGACAUCGUACUCGGACACCGGACUCUGGGGUAUCUACAUGGUCACCGAGAACCUUACAAACAUUGACGACAUGGUACACUUCACAUUGCGCGAAUGGACCCGGAUGUCGAUCUCGCCAUCAUCAGGCGAGGUUGAGCGCGCCAAGUCACAAUUGAAGGCGUCGCUGCUGUUGGGCCUUGACGGCACCACCGCCAUUGCAGAGGAUAUCGGCCGUCAGAUGGUCACCACCGGAAAGCGAUACACACCAAAGGAGAUUGAGCGAUAUGUUGACGCCGUCACCCCGGACGACAUCAAGCGGGUAGCACAGAAGUACCUUUGGGACAAGGACUUCGCGCUUGCUGCUUUGGGCCGAGUCGAGGGUCUGUUGGACUACAACCGUAUUCGGGCCGACAUGUCUUCCAUGAUGUACUAG